UCCUCUCCUGCUCGCCGUCCGAGAUUUUAUCUUUUUUCCAAUAUGGCUGCGCUCAGGGGCAAAGUGGUCCCUAGUCGUCUAACGACUUGUUUGUUUAAACAAACGACUGCAGCCAGUAUUUCCACAUUACCCGCUGCAUGGACACGGAACGGGAAUGUUAUGCACAGAUCACAUCUUCACACGAUCAGAGGAAGUGGAGGUAUGUUUGUUCAGGCUCUGUUGGGGCGUCAUAAUCAUGGAAGGUUAUACUUGGUCAGUUCCGUGGCAGUCCGCCAGAAUAGCUCACAGACAACAGAUGGAAUGGUACCUGCUGCCAGUUCAACAGCAGAUAUCCCAUUAUCAGCUCCAGAAUCGGCUCCAGAAGCUGCUGCAGAAACUGCUUCAGUAUCUGUUCCAGUAUCUGCUCCUUUAUCUGUUUCAGAAUCAGUUACUGCUCCUGAUCUGACCCCAGUAACCACACAACCAAUCACAGAAGUGACUGAAGCCCCUGUCCUGGCAAUGGAUGUCCUGCAGGGGGCAGGAGCAGAGCUCAGCCUGUCAGAAUUGGGUCUAGGCAGUUAUACACCUGUAGGCCUGAUACAGAACUUGUUGGAAUUCAUGCAUGUCAGCAUUGGACUGCCCUGGUGGGGUGCUAUUGUUGCAGGUACUAUCAUAGCCCGCUGUGCAGUGUUCCCAGUCAUUGUAAAGGGCCAGAGAGAGGCAGCUAAGCUGAACAAUGUCCUGCCAGAGAUGACCAAGCUCACCAAUCGCAUGAAUGAGGCCAAGCAGAGUGGCAACAAGUUUGAAUUCUCAAAGGCAUAUUCUGACAUGAUGCUGUUCCAGAAGAAACACGAUGUUAACCCUCUCCGUGGGUUCCUGGUCCCUUUGGUACAGGCACCAGUCUUUAUUUCAUUCUUCAUUGGCUUGCGUAAGAUGGCCUAUGCCCCCGUGCCCAGCAUGCAGACUGGUGGACUGUGGUGGUUUACAGACUUAACUGCAGCAGAUCCGUAUUACAUCCUUCCUCUUGCUGUCACAGGGACUAUGUUUGCCAUCUUGGAGUUGGGUGCAGAGUCUGGUGUAGACAACCCCAACCUGAGAGCAAUGAAGACUGUCUUCAGAAUUAUGCCAUUUAUCAUCUUACCGAUGACCAUUAACUUCCCUACAGCAGUGUUUACAUACUGGAUGACCUCGAAUCUCUUUUCGCUGGGACAGGUAGCCCUGCUGAGGCAUCCAGCAGUGAGAAAGAAGCUUAAUAUCCCAGCGCGCAUCACUCACCCCUCCUCAGCUCUGCCUCCCAGUGAGGGUUUUGUUGAGAGUGUCAGGAAAGGGUGGAAGAACGCCCAACUGGCUCAUCAGUUGCAGGAGAGAGAGAGGAGGAUUAAAGACCACCUUGAUAUUGCAGCUAAAGGUCCACUGAGGCAGACGUUUACCCAAAAUCCCCUGCACCAGGCAUCUGCAUCCAUGUCAACAGAAAAUUCGUCCAGGCCCAAGCAAGUACAGCAGAAGAGUGGGAAGAAGAGGCCCUGGGAGGAAACGAUUGGUUGAAAACUAGCUACUAGAUGGUUUUUACCUAAAUUUGUAUAUAUUUAUUCAGGAGGGGAAAUAAUAAGCAUAAAGUGGGAAAGUGAUCACUUCAAAUGUUAACUCAUUAAAGAGGAAACUAAAUGGGUAACA